GUCCGCGAGCGCCUGCGCAUUGGUCCGGAACCAAGAUGGCGGCGCCCAGCGGAGCUUUCUGGACCGCGCUGCUCCUGGUGGCCGCGGCGCUGACGUUGGCGGCCGCCGUGUCCGAGCCCACCACCGUGCCGUUUGACGUGAGGCCAGGAGGCGUCGUACAUUCCUUCUCCCAAGACGUAGGGCCCGGGGGCAAGUUUACAUGCACGUUCACAUACGCUUCCCAAGGAGGGACCAACGAGCAAUGGCAGAUGAGUCUGGGGACGAGUGAAGACAGUCAGCACUUCACUUGUACCAUCUGGAGGCCCCAAGGGAAGUCCUACCUCUACUUCACACAGUUCAAGGCUGAGCUGCGGGGUGCUGAGAUUGAGUACGCCAUGGCCUAUUCCAAAGCUGCGUUUGAGAGAGAGAGUGAUGUCCCCCUUAAAAAUGAGGAAUUUGAAGUGACCAAGACAGCAGUGUCUCACAGGCCCGGGGCCUUCAAGGCUGAGCUCUCCAAGCUGGUGAUAGUAGCCAAGGCGGCACGCUCAGAGCUGUGACUCUCACCUGCCAUGGGUUGCCCUGUCCCCUCCUCGGGCGCACUCGCCCCAACUCCUUGUCUGGCACACUGGUUCCCACAGGAGCUGGUGUGACCCUGUUUACAGCUCACACUGCAGCACUCUGCUGAACUCUGUGUCCUGUCACCCAUGUCACCAGGGAAGUACAUGGGUGACACCAGGACAUGCUGGGUGGGACUGAGGGGGCUCCUGGCUCUCCUGAAGUCAGGUGUGGUUUUCCCUCUGAGCCACAGAUGAGCAUCCUCAUUUCUGGGACUGGUUACCCCACCCAAGGCCCCUCCAUUCAAAAGAAAGGGAAGGGACAGAGCAAAUAAAUAACCCCCCGCUGGGACUCUGUGGGGUCAGGACUCAGACUCAGAUUCCACGGCCUUCCAUGGUAGAGGCAGCAGGUGGCCUCUUCCAAGAGUGACUGUCACACAGGUGCCAGCAUGUGGGUCCCAAGGCAGCCAGUGACUUUACACCCAUGGAGGGACUAGUCACUCUGCUGAGCUGCCACAUUGUCCUGAAUUCAUACUGUCCCCUGGCACAAGGACCCCAGGAUGAGGGCACUGUCCCCACAGAUUCCAGCUUCAGGUGGACUUUUGAAGUCAGAUGGAAUCUAGAUGUCUGUAGAUUUAUUUCAUGCUUGUA